ACGACAUUUCCGGUCAAACAAAACUGAAAGCUUUUCUUGUCUUCCCGCGGAGUCUUAUCAGCUUCCUUCAAAAUUCAAUUUCAAUUCAAAAUUCCAAAACUAUGUCCCUGUCUUAAACAAAUCUCCAACAAUUACACACCGACAUCCUAAAUUACCUUACCAAACGGAGUCGAACAAUGUCAUGCCACAAAUUACACAUUUGGAAUGAAUUCACAACCCAAUACCAUCACCAAUAUGCCGAUUUUACUCGAGAAUAUUUGAAUAUAUUGCGAGAAUAUUUUCUCCCAAAAGUUUCCACUUACCAUUUGACAUUAAUCCAAAGAAGAAAAAUUGAAAUCUUUGCAAAUCAUAAUGGUUUCAUGAGAACCGAAAAUGGUUUCCAAGAACAGCCUCCGUUGACUCAUCUUCCAAUAGAAGAAAUUCACUUUUGUACUAGCAAAGAAGAAGCUCAGAUAAAAGGAUUAGCUUGCGUUCUCGAAGAACCAGUGUCAAUUCCUACUCCCGAUCAAAAAAUAAGAGUCUGGUUAUCGGCGGUGAACUCAACAGAUUAUGAAUUAGCCUUGAACCGUUUUCUACCAAACCGGGAACUCAAAUCAAGACUGACACAAUCCCACAUUGACUUCAAAACGACGGGGAACUAUCCCCCAAACUCCGACGAUAGCCCAAAAAAUCAUCGCCUUCCAAACCGACUCCCAUGAACUAUCAGCCCACUUAAAUAAAUUUUAGAAAAAUAAA